GCGCAGUCGCGGAUGCAACGGACGCAGUGAGAGAAAAGAAAUGGGAAAAUGGCCCUCGAUAAUUUAAUCUUCGCGCAAUGCAUCCUCUAUUUUUUGGCGUUUGUGUUUGGCUUUAUUGCCGUAGUGCCUCUCUCCGAAAACACGGAGGAUUUUCAUGGAAAAUGCUUGCUUUUCACGCGUGGUAUGUGGCAGAAUGAGAACAUCACGGUCUCAAAGCAGCGCUUCAUCGUUGAGGAGUGGGGACCGGAGUCUUCCUGCAGUUUCAUCACUUUUGUCGGGAUAGCAUCGCUCAUCCUAUCCGCAGUGCAGGCAUGGAGACUGCUGUUCUUUCUUUGCAAAGGCCACGACGAUUCCCUGUUCAAUGCCUUCCUGAAUCUGGUGAUCAGCUCCCUGGUGGUGUUCACAGUGUUCCUCUCCAGCACCAUUGUCAGUGUGGGCUUCAACCUGUGGUGUGAUGCCAUCACAGAGGGAGGGAGCAUGUCCAGCAGCUGUGAGGACCUGCAGGACACUGAUCUGGAGUUAGGCCUGGACAACUCCUCGUUCUAUGACCAGUUUGCCAUUGCCCAGUUUGGUCUGUGGUCAGCGUGGCUGACGUGGCUGGGUAUCACGAUCAUGGCCUUCCUCAAGGUCUACCACAACUACCGCCAGGAGGACCUUCUGGACAGUCUGAUCCACGAGAAGGAGCUGCUGCUGGGACGUUCGUCCCGCCGGGGUUCUAAUGUCAACCAGAUGAAUUGUGGCAUGGUCUAACACCCAGUGGACACGUGCACAUCACUGACACAUAUCCUCCUAUCCUACCCUAACUGCCAUCAUAGAUAGGCCCAGCCCCUGACGACCUAUAAACAAUCAACUGAAAUUCCAUUAACUGUGAUUAGAGUGCAUUGUUAUGCCAUGCUUGCAUAUACUCCUCCUUAGAUAUAUGCUGCCUGAUUUACCAGUUGAAAAAUGCUGCUGUUGACAGCAAAGCGCUGUAGGGUAAAGAGUUUCCGGCUGUAUUGUGGAGCUGAUUCAAUCCACUUGUCCACUUGCUAUAUUUAUAUUUGUUAAUGAGUUACUGCUGAAAUGUCUUUCCCUUCAAGGCACACACUGGAGCGUAAAUGAGCUCAGAGAAUCAAGGCCAUUUAAUGAGGAUAGAGAUGGUACAUUGAGACUUUUUUACAUCACUCCCUAUUUAGCUGCACAUAGAUGAUGACUCACAUAGGGUGGUUAAAGGACGGUGAAAAUCUUUUUUAUUUAAUUUUUUACUGUGUGCAUGUAGACGGUGUGAGCAGGAUGUAGUUGUAGUUGUUGAUGUUGGGCAAUAUCUUUUUUGUAACAAUCCAAUACAUUCAGAUUGUGCAGGCUUUCAGUAAUGUGUGACUUCCUUGACUACAUGCAGCAACAGAGUAUGAUGUGUGCUUUUGCUGUGUAUUAUAGAGUAUCUACUAUUACCAAACAGUAUUUUGUAAAAAUUAAAACUGUACUAUGUAAGAGACAUGUAUGGUCAAUGAACUUUCCCUAAAUUGACUGGGACAGAACUCAGGAUGAAAUGCCAGAGUCACAUAACUAAAUAAAUCAGUCUACCUGAUCAUCUUGAAAAUCCUAAAAGUUCAGGCGGGCCUUUUUUACUUUACAUGUCAUGAGGCACAGGGUCCAUCUUCCUCAAACCUCUCGCCCCAAAAAAACAUUGACAGUGGGUGAACAAAUAGUCAAAUAGACGGGAUGACCUAUUAUCCAAGGCCAGUUCUGUGCUGUUGUGUGUGAGGAAAUGUAGUCCGCAGUGUGGAAAGAAGGAUCAUCACUUUUUUGCACACACACACUACUCACCACUCACCAUCCUCACUGACUUUGGUAUGCAAUGACAGUUUUAUUUAAAAUAAUUCAAAUAAAUAACAAAACCAUAGAAACUAUGAAAUCCUUCUAAAAGGCACUUCUUUCAAAGUGACCACAUACAUAUUGUCAGCAGUGAAAUGCAGCUACUAACCAAAAUGUGCAGAAACAGGCCAUGUUGACUUGCUGGGUAUUUGUAUUGCUAAUGACAGUAGUUCCGUUUGAUUGUGCAAAGGGAACCUUCAGUCUCAGUAGCUCCUCCAUUCAGACUUUGGUUGCAUCGUAUUGCUCAGAUUUUUCCAACACCAACUCUUUCUUAUAGUUGUGUUCCCUGAAACCUGUUAUACUGUAUAAAGAAUAUGUAUUAAUGGAAACAAUGUCUUGUGUUUUAUUGCUCGGAUUGAGAGGUAUAUGAUAAGCAUCACAUUGUCCUUUAAAGCUCGACCCAUUUAUAGAAGAGACUUUAAUUUCUAUAUUUGAAUGGUUCCAAUUACUGAAGGUCCCACAGUGAAGAUUCAAUUAGUGUCAUAAUGUUGCUGCAUCUUACCACAGACCAUUGGACCGUAAAUGUAAUGUAGAUUCCUUUCUUUACUUUGCAUCAUUAACAUUUGCUCUAAUUUGAAGUACUUUUCAAUUCCCAAAUAAUCCUAAACUUUAAAACCAUUUGACAUCAAGAUUAAAACCUGAAUAUCGGCGCAAUCAAAAAAUAGAAAUGUAACAAAAGCCCUUACAAAAUGUAUUCUAAAGAAAAUAAAAGUACUUGAUAUUUGAGUAGAUGUAGAUACGCAGUAUGGAAGAAUAAAUAACAUUUAGAGGAUAGAGGAUAUUACUUGAGGCAUUUUAGCAUUUACCAAGAGGUACACUGUCAAUAUCAUAAGCACUCAUUGAAUUUGAGUACAUUCCCAGGAAAGAGACUAUUCAUAUUAUUGUGUUGAAGGUUUUCUCAUCUUUGUCCAACUGGGAACCCAACAUUGAUCUGACCUAAAAAUGGUCAGACUACAGCAGGGUUUUCCAAACUCGGUCAUCGGGAUCCCAAGGGGUGCACAUUUUGGUUUUUGCCCAAGCGCUACACAGCUGAUUCAAAUAAUCAACUAAUCAUCAAGCU